AUGGCCGCCGUGGCCGUCCUCCGGAACGACUCGCUGCAGGCCUUCCUCCAGGACCGCACCCCCAGCGCCUCCCCAGACCUGGGCAAGCAUUCGCCCCUGGCGCUGCUAGCCGCCACCUGUAGCCGGAUUGGCCAGCCGGGCGCUACGGCGCCCCCGGACUUCCUGCAGGUGUCCUACGACCCCGCGCUGGGCUCGCCCUCCAGGCUCUUUCACCCGUGGACCGCCGACAUGCCGGCGCACUCGCCCGGCACGCUGCCAUCCCCGCACCCCAGCCUGGGGCUGACGCCGCAGAAAACGCACCUGCAGCCGUCCUUCGGGGCAGCGCAUGAGCUGCCGCUUACACCCCCUGCAGACCCCUCGUACCCCUACGAGUUCUCACCGGUGAAGAUGCUGCCCUCGAGUAUGGCGGCGCUGCCCGCCAGCUGCGCGCCCGCCUACGUGCCCUACGCGGCCCAGGCCGCGCUGCCGCCCGGCUACUCCAACUUGCUGCCGCCGCCCCCGCCGCCUCCGCCGCCCACGUGCCGCCAGCUGUCCCCCAACUCGGCCCCCGACGACCUCCCGUGGUGGAGUAUCCCGCAGGCCGGCACCGGUCCGGGAACCUCGGGGGUUCCGGGGGGCAGCCUCUCCGGCGCCUGUGCGGGGGGACCCCACGCGCCCCGCUUCCCGGCCUCAGCGGCCGCCGCUGCCGCCGCCGCCGCCGCCGCCGCGCUGCAGCGGGGCCUGGUGUUGGGCCCGUCGGACUUCGCGCAAUACCAGAGUCAGAUCGCUGCGCUGCUGCAAACCAAGGCCCCCCUGGCGGCCACGGCCAGGAGGUGCCGUCGCUGCCGCUGCCCCAACUGCCAGGCGGCGGGCGGCGCCCCGGAGGCAGAGCCGGGCAAGAAGAAGCAGCACGUGUGCCACGUGCCGGGCUGCGGCAAGGUGUACGGCAAGACGUCGCACCUGAAGGCGCACCUGCGCUGGCACACGGGCGAGCGGCCCUUCGUGUGCAACUGGCUCUUCUGCGGCAAGAGCUUCACGCGCUCGGACGAGCUGCAGCGGCACCUGAGGACUCACACAGGCGAGAAGCGCUUCGCCUGUCCCGAGUGCGGCAAGCGCUUCAUGCGCAGCGACCACCUCGCCAAGCACGUCAAGACGCACCAGAAUAAGAAGCUCAAAGUUGCUGAGGCCGGAGUCAAGCGGGAGGACCCGCGGGACCUGUAAGCCCACCCGGGGGCGCCUCGAUGCCUCUCCUGCCUCGGGCUCCCUACCCAGCACCUCUUCGGAGAGGUUCCGGUGGCCUGUGGGCAGCCGGCCGAGAGGAGACCCAACUGAGGCACUUACUUGCCCCUUCCUGCUUGCCCGCCUCCCAAAAACGACGCCAGGCCUCCAGCUCCCUGGCCGGCCUGCGGACAAGGACCGUGUGCCCAGGAAGAGCAGGGGAGGUAGGGUUGAGAGCUCUGUGUCACGAAAGAGCAGUUUCAGGCUCUGAACCAUUCCCACCAUCUGGGAGACUACAGUUUGGGGGGACUACCCUGGGCUGACCUCUGUAUAUAGGAAACGCUGCUGAAAUCAAAGCGGAAGAACCUUGAGAGAUUUGAAAUAGUGCUGUGUUUUUUGCUAGGACUGGGCCGGGCUUUGUACAGGUUAUUUAAUAGCUUUCUUAAAGAAUAAUUAUAAUAAUUAUAACAUUAAUUAAAAUGUUACUUUUGU